UCAUUGGCUACUUUGUGUCGAUUCUGGAACUUUCUACCGACGUCACUGAGCGGAACAGCGUUGGGUUGCCGGCAUGCUCGUCAUUCAUCAGAAAAGGUUGGAGUGACUUGCAGAACGAAAAGCGAGACGGAAUCUGUAAUAGCAUUUCUCUCGUACAGGAAUCAUGGCCAAGGUAGCAAUAGGAAUUGAUCUCGGGACCACCUACUCCUGUGUGGGUGUCUUCCAGCAUGGCAAAGUAGAAAUCAUUGCCAAUGAUCAAGGAAACCGAACAACGCCAAGUUAUGUGGCAUUCACAGAUACUGAGCGUUUAAUUGGAGAUGCUGCCAAAAACCAGGUGGCUAUGAAUCCAGAGAAUACCAUUUUUGAUGCUAAACGACUGAUUGGGAGGAAGUUUAACGACACCGCUGUACAGUCGGACAUGAAACACUGGCCAUUCCAUGUAGUUAAUGAUGGCGGCAGACCCAAAAUAGAAGUUCAGUACAAAAACGAGAAGAAAUCCUUCUACCCUGAAGAAAUCUCUUCAAUGGUGUUGACAAAAAUGAAGGAAGUAGCAGAGGGGUAUCUAGGAAAAAAAGUCAGCGAUGCAGUUGUAACUGUGCCAGCCUAUUUCAACGAUUCUCAAAGACAGGCCACUAAGGAUGCUGGAACCAUUUCAGGGCUCAAUGUACUACGUAUCAUCAACGAACCAACAGCUGCUGCUAUAGCGUACGGUUUAGAUAAAAAGACAGUAGAAGAGAAGAAUGUGUUAAUCUUUGACUUGGGAGGGGGAACCUUUGAUGUGUCCAUUCUCACCAUUGAGGAUGGUAUCUUUGAAGUCAAAUCUACCGCUGGAGACACCCAUUUGGGAGGAGAGGACUUUGACAACAGAAUGGUGAAUCACUUCAUUCAGGAAUUCAAAAGGAAAUUUAAGAAUGACAUUUCUGGCAACAAGCGUGCGGUUCGGCGGUUGAGAACAGCCUGUGAGAGAGCAAAGAGAACCUUGUCAUCAAGCUCACAAGCAAACAUUGAAAUUGAUUCGCUGUACCAAGGUGAAGAUUUCUACACAACGAUCACAAGAGCUCGUUUUGAGGAGCUGAAUUCGGAUCUUUUCCGUGGUACGCUGGAGCCAGUGGAAAAGGCCUUGAGGGAUGCCAAGCUGGACAAGGGACAUAUCAAUGAGAUUGUGCUUGUUGGGGGAUCAACUCGUAUUCCAAAAAUCCAGAAGUUGCUCCAGGAUUUCUUCAAUGGGAAAGAACUAAAUAAAAGCAUCAACCCAGAUGAGGCUGUAGCAUACGGUGCAGCUGUCCAGGCGGCCAUCUUGACCGGUGACAAGUCUGAGGAGGUUCAGGACCUCCUGCUGCUGGAUGUUGCCCCACUGUCCAUGGGUAUUGAGACUGCAGGCGGUGUGAUGACAGCUUUGAUAAAGAGGAACACAACCAUUCCUACAAAACAGACCCAGACCUUCACCACAUACUCAGACAACCAACCAGGCGUGCUGAUCCAGGUGUACGAGGGUGAGAGAGCGAUGACCAAAGACAACAACCUCCUGGGCAAAUUUGAGUUGACUGGAAUUCCCCCUGCCCCACGAGGGGUGCCUCAGAUUGAGGUGACCUUUGACAUCGAUGCUAAUGGGAUCCUCAAUGUGUCGGCAGUGGACAAGAGCACAGGAAAAGAAAACAAAAUAACCAUCACUAAUGACAAAGGUCGUCUUACAAAGGAUGACAUUGAGCGAAUGGUGCAAGAGGCAGAGAAGUACAAGGCUGCUGAUGAGGAUCAGAAGAACCGUAUCCAGGCCAAGAACGCCCUGGAGAGCUACGCGUUCAACAUGAAGAGUACGAUGGAGGAUGACAAAGUGAAGGAGAAGGUGUCUGAAGAAGACAGGAACACAGUGGUUGAGAAGUGCAAGGAAGUCAUCAGCUGGCUGGAUGCUAACCAGCUCGCUGAGAAGGACGAGUUUGAGCAUCAGCAAAAGGAGCUGGAGAAGAUUUGUAACCCGAUUGUGACCAAGUUGUAUCAGUCUGGUGGUGCCCCAGGGGCAGGAGCUGGAGGCAUGCCCAACUUUGGAGCUGGCGGCCCAACCCCAGGGGCUGGUGACACUGGAUCAUCCGGAGGUGGCCCAACAAUUGAGGAAGUUGAUUAAAGACAGUGGACACUAGAACACGCACGAUUGAUCCCAAAUCUGAAAUCUUGCAGGAAAAUAAGCGAGAAACCAACCCUUGUACAUUUUAGCAAUCCCAUGAAUUUAUGUAAAAUAAACAAACAAACCUCAAUCUAUUCCAAACGAGCCCUUGUGGCCAUAGUCCAUGUAAUACCCAUUGCUUUGGAGUGACGACCUUUGAGUUUGUGAUAGCUUCUGACGAUGCACCUCCAAUUUUACAGUAGCUACGUGUAGGAUAAACCUUGGAAAAGUCAAGCAUCUUCAAUUGAUGCAAUAUAGACUAAACUUGACCAGUAUAAUAGAUCAAUGACCAACGCAUUAAAAUACACCAGUUCAAGAUACUUAUUUUUCCAGUGUUAUUUUAAAUCUUCAGUUCAAGUUUGACUGCAGAUGUGCCAUAAUUAUGCUAGGGAGUGCUCUGUUGGGGUUUUUUUUUUUUUUU